AUGUCUUGCUACACACCUUGUUGUCCUCCAUCUUGCGCCAUUCCAUCCUGCGCUUCUGCACCCGCCGUAGGUCUCGGAGGAUGUGGGACUCCGUUUGCCCUCGGUAGCAGUAGCGGUUUCGGAGGUUACCGUUUCGGCUCAGGUCCUGCAUCUGCUAGCAGUCUUGGCGUGCUUUCCGGAGUGACCCCGUCUCCCAUCAGCCAGAUCCCACCCUCCGAAGUAACGAUCCAGCCUCCCCCCGUCGCAGUGAUCCUCCCGGGACCCAUUAUCGCGGCAAGUUGUGAACCAGUGGCCGUCGGGGGUUAUUCAGCAUGUGCUGGGGGAUCUUUUGGGGGAUCCUACUCUCGUGGGCUGCUCGGCUCUAGGGGGAUCUGUGGCCCCCGACGCAAAUACAGCAUCUGCGGUUCACCGUGCUAAACCGAAGCUCAUCCAACAAGACCCGAAGGACUGAAAACCGUUGCGACGUCAGUGAAUGUAUGCCCGAAACUUAUAGACUGCACAGCCAAAUUGUUAAGUUGCUCACCCAAUGAGACAAGCAAAUCCAGGUAUUUGUCCCAUGCUCUGGGCUCUUUCUGAAAACCUACACUUUUCCUCUUUGCUUGUUCUUUUGAAACCGCAAG